CAGGAAGUGAACCUUGCCAAUGUGAUCUUUAAACCCACAGACGGUGACACCGAGCGGACACAUGGAUUCUUGGGUCCGGUUUAGUGGCCAGAGCCAGGCCAAGGAGCGGGUCAUCAGGGCUGCGCAGUACGCCUGCACCUUACUCGGAUACACGCUCCAAAAAAAUGGAGCCAGUGCCGAACUUGUGGCCACAUUGAAGCAGCUGGAGGCCCACCUGAGCCUGGGGAGGAAGCUAUUCCGGUUGGGGAACUCUGCCGACGCUUUGGAAUCAGCCAAGCGGGCCAUCCAUCUCUCCGAUGUGGUCCUGAGGUUCUGUAUCACCGUCAGCCACCUCAACAGAGCCAUGUACUUCGCCUGCGACAACAUUCUGUGGGUCGGGAAGACUGGCCUGUCCAAGAACAUGGACCAGGAGAAGUGGAGCCAACGCUCGUUCAGGUAUUAUCUCUUCUCCCUCAUCAUGAAUUUGAGCCGAGAUCUCUACGAGCUCAAACUUCUCAUGGAAGCGGACAACAGCAGCAAACGACCCAUGACCAAGCUCAAUGUGGAGAACGGGCCGGUUCCUGACAGAAACCGACCUCCGCACCAUCUCCUGGUCAUUAAACUGAAGCUCCUCGUCCACAUCUUCAGGAACAACCCACCUCUCCUUCUUGACGUCCUGAAGAACACCUGCGAUCUCUUCAUCCCGUUGGACAAGCUGGGACUUUACAAGACCAACCCCGGGUUCAUAGGGCUUUGCGGUCUCACGUCUUCCAUACUGUCUAUUCUGACCAUUGUCCACCCUUGGUUAAAAUUGAAACCCUAGCUCGCUCAGCACUAUGUUUUUGUUACACCCUCCCCGUAAGAACCCCCUUUUCUUGUAAGCAGCUCUCCUUCUUAAAUCCCCCCUCUGGCUUUUAACCCGGACUCAACCAGAGCACGAAGCGUGAGAUUUAUCAAAGCAUGGAAACCUUGCCACAUCUGGAACAUGUAUGUUGGCAAGUGCGUGGCAAAAAACUAUAAGACCUCCCGCCCUAUGAGGAGAGAAUUGUAAAAUCAUCAGUGUCCCCAUUUCUAGUAACAUUAA